AUGUCUGACUCGAAGUUUGCGAUGCAAGGGUACAACCUUGUGAAGUUGUUGAAGAGACUGGAGGACGCCACUGCGCGUCUGGAGGAUGUUACAAUCUACCAGGAAGGCUAUUUGCAGUCGAAGAUGGAGUCUGGUGUGAUAGACCACCAGUCUAGCGGUGGUAGCGGCAUUGAGGCCAAGGCUGCUGGUGUAAAGAGUGAGUCACAGGAAGUGCCACAGGCUGUCGCUUCCAUGCCUGCCUCGAUUGAGAAGUUCGAUAAGUUUAUUAAGGAGAGAGUUGAACCAUUUGUAGAGCUAUCCGAGAAGAUUGACCCUGUUGUAUUCCAAAUUACCGAGUUGUUCAAGGGUGCCUUUGAUGCCCAAUUGGAGUUCUUGAAGGUUGCCGUCAAGUCCAAGAAGCCUGACUUCACCUCGCAGGCUUUUGCGGAUGCUUUGCAACCAAUCACAAAGGCCAUUACUGCUAUCGGUGAUUUGAAGGAUGCCAAUCGUCAGAGCAAGUAUUUUGCUUUCUUGAACGCGGUCACUGAAGGUGCGCCUCUUUUCUCUUGGAUCACCGUCGAAACUCCAGUUUCGUUGGUGGGCGACUUUAAGGAAGCGGCUCAGUUCUGGACUAACAGAGUGCUAAAGGAUUUCAAAGACACAAACCCUGAUGCCUCUACUUGGGUCCAAAACUUCAUGUCAAUCUUCGAUAAACUGAAGGAGUACGUCAAGGAGUACCACACCACUGGUGUCAGUUGGGACGCAAAGGGCAGCGAUUUCGAAACAGUUUUCAAGAACUCUAAGAAUACACAGUCAUCCACUUCAUCGCCAGCAGCUCCUUCUCCUGCUCCAAGUGCAGGCGGCCCACCACCACCUCCACCUCCUCCACCAGCAUCCGUCUUUGAAGUUAAAAACGACACUGCUGAAAAGCCUGCCGCAUCUGGUAUUGACGCCGUCUUUGCAGAAUUGAACCAAGGUGAAAAUAUCACAAAGUCCUUAAAGAAGGUCGACAAAUCUCAGCAAACCCACAAGAACCCAGAGUUGCGUGCUUCUUCAGUAGUUGCUUCUAAGGCUGCCCCUCCACCAAAACCAAAGAAACCUUCUGCACUAACUACCAAGAAGCCUCCUAGAAAGGAACUUCUUGGUAACAAAUGGUUCAUCGAAAACUUUGAUGAUGAAUCUGAACCAAUUGUUAUUGAAACUCAAAAGGAUGAAUCUGUAUUUAUUGGUAAGUGUUGCAAGACAUUGGUGCAAAUUAAAGGUAAAGUCAAUGCUAUCUCUUUGAGUGAAACAGAAUCUUGUAGCGUUGUACUAUACUCUAGUAUUUCUGGUAUGGACAUCAUUAAGUCUAAUAAGUUUGGUGUCCAAGUUGAGGGCUCCUUGCCACAAAUAUCCAUAGACCAAUCCCAAGGUGGUAGCAUAUAUCUGUCAAAGGAAUCAAUGAGCACAGAAAUUUACACUUCGUGUUCUACUUCGAUAAAUGUUAAUUUGCCAAUUGGUGAGGAUGAGGAUUAUGUUGAGUUCCCAAUUCCUGAACAAUUGAAGCAUACUUUCGACAACGGCAAGAUGAAGUCAGAUGUUUUCGUGCACGCUGGAUGA